UCCAAAUAAUGCCGCUGCUAUCUUAAUGACCAUUGCUUCUGGCUUUGAGGUUGAGCGGCAAAGGAAUUCCAGCAGAGAACAGGGAGCGCAAGAUCAGCUCUGUAAGUUCUGGUCCUGAAACUUCGCCUUUCCCAUCGUGAGGAUUUGGCAGUGAUGGAAGCUCAAAGGGUUUGGCCCGGCUGACGGCUGCUGCAGAGCCCGACUUUCACUGAGGAAUCCGGACCCAGUAAGAAUAUACACAACACAGAAGAAUUCCCUUUGCUGUUCUUUUCCGCUGUCCACCACACACUCCUUCCUGUUGGUUUGAGGACUAUGGUGAUAGGAAUAUGUUGGCUAGGAAGAGUAUCAUCCCUGAAGAGUAUGUCCUCGCACGUAUCGCCGCUGAGAACCUGGGCAAACCACGGAUCCGGGAUCGUCCACGCAAAGCUCGCUUCAUUGCCAAGAACGGGGCCUGCAACUUGGCUCACAAGAAUAUCCGGGAGCAGGGUCGCUUCUUGCAAGACAUCUUCACCACUUUGGUGGACCUCAAAUGGCGCCACACGCUGGUGAUCUUCACCAUGUCCUUCCUCUGCAGCUGGCUGUUCUUCGCCAUGAUGUGGUGGCUGGUGGCCUUUGCUCACGGAGACAUGAACUAUCCGUGUGUUCAGAAUGACGACGUAAGCGAGUGGAAGCCGUGCGUGACUUGUGUCAGGUCCUUCACCUCUGCCUUCCUCUUCUCCAUCGAGGUCCAGGUGACCAUUGGUUUUGGGGGCAGAAUGAUGACCGAAGAGUGCCCUAUCGCCAUCACUGUCUUGAUCCUUCAAAACAUCGUGGGCUUGAUCAUCAACGCCGUCAUGCUGGGGUGCAUCUUCAUGAAAACCGCCCAGGCGCACCGGAGAGCGGAAACCUUGAUCUUCAGUCGGAACGCCGUCAUUGCCGUUCGUAACGGGAGGCUCUGCUUUAUGUUCAGGGUCGGGGACCUGAGGAAAAGCAUGAUCAUCAGUGCCUCAGUGAGAAUCCAAGUGGUGAAGAAGACCACCACACCUGAAGGAGAAGUCAUCCCUAUCCACCAGCAAGAUGUCCCGGUGGACAACCCCCUCGAAAGCAACAAUAUUUUCCUCGUAGCUCCUUUAAUUGUUUGUCACAUCAUCGACAAGCGGAGCCCUCUUUAUGAUAUCUCUGCCAAUGAUUUGGCCAGCCAAGACCUCGAAAUCAUUGUCAUACUUGAAGGGGUGGUGGAAACCACCGGGAUCACCACCCAAGCAAGAACGUCCUACAUAGCGGAAGAGAUCCUCUGGGGCCAUCGCUUUGUCCCCAUCGUGGCGGAAGAAGAAGGGACCUACGCGGUCGAUUACUCAAAGUUUGGCAAUACAACCAAAGUAGCGGCUCCCCGCUGCUGCGCCAAAGAGCUUGACGAGAAGCCGUCCAUCCUCAUCCAGACGCUCCAGAAAAGCGAGUUGUCCCAUCAGAACUCCUUCUACAUGCAUAAGCGUGAUUAACUCCAAAUGCGAGCGCAGCUUCAACUCCAUCUUGCGCGCGCUAACAACUCCAUCUUGGCGGCCCUUAACAACUUCGCUCUUUCAUCGUGCCCAAAGUCCAAUUCAUCACACCAGAAGGGAAUCAAAAUGCAGCGGAGACAUGACAGGUCUCAUGUGAUCCAAUGUCUCUCUCUUGUACAAAUGGAGAUGUAAUUUGUUUUAUUCAUGUUAAAAAAACACAUCGGUUCUUAACUUGGUGGGGAACCUAAUGGGACUUGGGGUUAUUUAUUAUGUUGGAAGCACCACGUAAAGGCGAGCACAGAUGCUUAGGUGAUAGACCUUUGUCUGGGCUGAACCACAUCCGACGACCAGGGGUGGGAGGUGUCAUUCGAUAGAAUGGUUCUCUACAUAAAAUAUCUCCUGAACCCAACGUGCUGCACAUUCAGGAAAAGUUCAGCCCCUUUACCCUGACAUGCUAGUUUUCCAUGUGAACAGAAUUUGGACAAUGGGUGAGUAUUCAGUCCUGUGAACUGUCUGAAUUGGUACAGCGUGGUGUU